AUGGAUAUCGCUCCUUUUUCUCUGUUUCUCGUUUCUGUUCAGUCCAUUGCACAGGUUCUCCUCUUAUGCCUUACCGGUUAUGUGGUCGCAAAACUUGGAAUAAUCACUUCAAGUAUUCAAGAGGGUCUUUCCAAAUUGAUAAUAAAAAUAUUAAUGCCAUGUUUCCUGUUUUCGAGAAUUGCCGCUAACAUCGACUAUGAAAUGUUACUGCGACUUUGGCCUAUACCCGUCUUUUAUUUCUUUUUCACAGCCACCAGUGGCAUUCUCGGUGUAUUUGGGAGGAAAUUAUUCAACUUGUCUAUUUCAAAUACAAAGUUCAUGGUAACUAGUAUCAUGUUUAAUAAUGUAGCAAGCCUUUCAUUAGGAAUAUUAAAAGGUAUGAGUGAUACCAGCGCAAUGCAAAUUUUACGUUGGGGAGAAGGGGAUGAUCCUUCUAACUCUAUCAAAAGAGGAACUUCUUAUAUAUUGCUAUCCACUCUCUUUGGUAACUUGCUGCGGUGGAGUUUAGGUGCGUUUUUGCUUAAAAAAGAACUAUCCGAGGAAAUUUUAUCCGGAGAAACCCCGUUGUUGGGAACGGAAGGUAUCUCACAUCAAAGGCGGCGGUCAUUAUUUAGUAGGGUUGUUAAAGCUGUCCGUGGUACGUUGAACCCACCACUAUGCUCUGCGAUGCUUGCUUUGGUUGUUGGUACUGUUCCUUUCCUCAAAUUCAUUUUCUUUAACGAACGUUCGCCACUUGCUACAAUAUCAAAAGUUAUGGAAUACAUGGGGGCUACCUAUGUACCCUUAACCCUCAUCACACUUGGUGCUCAUUUAAAUAAUUUGCCACAUGCCAAAAGUCAAGAAAUACUACCCAUCAUCGCUUAUAUAAUGUCUUGCAGGUUUAUAAUAAUGCCAAUAAUUGGUGUGGUUACGAUUUUAUCAACAAGAACAUGGUAUAUAAAUGACCCAAUGUUAUUGUUUGUUCUAAUGUUAUUUGCAAGUGGUCCAACUGCUAUUAAUUGUAUGAACUUGGUGCAAUUAACCGGCACUUUUAAAGAAGAGAUGGCUACUUUGUUGUUUUAUUCUUAUAUUGCAGUAGCACCUAUGACUACUUGUCUUGUAAUGG